GUCUAAUUCAGAAUUUUCUCCAACACAAUACUACACCUCAUUUAAACUAAGUUAUCUGUCAACAACUCCUCAAGAAGAUAUUUCAAAAACAAGUUUAACCAUUUUAAAUUUCAUUAUAACAUUACAUAAUACAAGAAGAACUUCGUGGAAUAUUUGACACGUACACCAAUAUAAUGUGUGGUUUUGGUUGUUUUUACAAUAUUUGAGAUAUAAUAUUUUAGCACCUAUUGUUUGUGCUGUUGGUGAAUUCCGCUGUAAUGAUGGGGAGUGUAUAGAUGGUAGUUAUAAAUGUGAUGGUAUAGAAUACUGUCUCGAUGGCUCAGAUGAAUUGGAAGAAAAUUGUCCUUGUACUGGUGAUUCUGAUUUCCGUUGUGAUAAUGGAGAAUGUAUAAACAUCGCUAAGAAGUGCAAUGAUAAUGUGGAUUGUAGCGAUGGUUCUGAUGAAUCAGCCGAAACUUGUAACAUAGCUGCGUGUGUAGAAGAUGAGUUUCGUUGCAAUAAUGGGGAAUGUAUUAAUGUUGAUUAUAAAUGUGACCGUCUAGAGGACUGCAGAGAUGGUUCUGAUGAAUGGGAGUCAAAUUGUAUGUGCACUGAGACUCAGUUUCAAUGUGAAAAUGGGGAGUGCAUUGAACUUAGUUGGAGAUGUGAUAAGGCAAAGGAUUGUCAAGAUGGAUCAGAUGAAGCACCAGAAAUUUGUGAACAACCACCCACCACUGAUUGUACUGAUAUUGAGUUCACUUGUGGCAAUGGGGCUUGUGUUGAUGUUCUCAGAAAGUGUGACGGCAAUGAUGAUUGUGGGGAUGGGUCUGAUGAAGCAAAAGAUUUGUGUCCCCCAAUUACGUGUCCUGUUAAUACCUUUACAUGUGACAAUGGCAAGUGUAUUGAUGCUAAAGUGAAAUGUGAUGGUAAUGAUGAUUGCUCUGAUGGUUCAGAUGAAUCUGAAACAACAUGUCCCCCAGUUGAAUGUACUGAUAAUGAUUUCCGAUGUUUUGAUGGGAAUUGUGUUGAUUUGACUAAGAAAUGUGAUGGAACAGAAGAUUGCAAAGAUGGCUCAGAUGAAUAUGAUAUUAUCUGUCCAACAAACAAAUGUGGCAAUGAAAUGUUUACAUGUGAUGAUGGUGGAUGUAUUGAGUUAGCAUGGAAAUGUGAUGGUUCUCCCGAUUGUAAAGAUGCUUCAGAUGAAUCUGAUGUAACUUGUCCUCCCGUUGAAUGUACUGACAAGCAGUUCAGGUGUGAUGAUGGGGAUUGUAUUAAUAUUGAAUGGUUGUGUGAUGGGGUUAAGGAAUGUUUUGAUGGCUCUGAUGAAUCUGAGGCAAAUUGUCGUAAGUUUAGAGCAUAUUAGAAUAACAUUGACACAACUCAUCAAAUUGAUAAGUCAUAGCCGAAUCAGAAACUCAUAUCCCAUUGAAGGAAAUCUCAUUGAAACCAUUAAUU